UUCUCCUGAUCAAACUUGCAGCUCUUACUUUUGCUGUGUGCGCAGGAUGUGUGCAUGAUGUGUGUGUGUGUGUUGUCUGACUUGGGGAAGACAGAAGCCAUGUCACCAAUUGGGCAAUUGCUGAUUUUGUGAUAAAAGUGAUAAAAGUGAUUUGUGAUAAAAGUUAGUGUUGGGCAAGUAGUGUUUAUGAUUCGGAUUAAGUCUCCAGGAAAGGAAUUUAAGUCGAUUUAGCGUAAUGUCCCCAAAAGUGACAUAAGUAAACAACAGGAGUAUGUGUGUGUGUGUGUGUGUGUGUGUGUGUGUGUGUGUGUGUGUGUGUGUGUGUGUGUGUGUGUGUAAAGGGCAGACCGAGGAGAAUUUGAUCCUUAAGCCCAGCAUGGGACAGGGUACAUGCACUGCAAAAAAUGCUUACCCUCACAAGUGAUUUUAUUUUAUUUUAAAACAGAAAUUUCAAUUUCAAUUUCAGAUGUGAUUAUUUAUGCAUAAAAAGACAUUAGAUUGGAAAUGAUUUCAUUUAUUUCAUAUAAAUGAUUUAAUAAGUCAUAUCAUAAUAUAAUGAAGCACAUCCCAUUGCUUGGAAUCAGAUGAACUAUUAUUAGGCUACUAUAGAAAGAUCAUUUCACUCAAACUGUACCAAAAUUAGGAGAACUGAGUUGAAGAUCAAGUCUUGUCACUGAGCUCCUUGUUAUUUGCUGAGCAUGCUAGGAUCUUGUUCCACCAGGACUGACACGUCUCCGUCUCCCUGGAUCCCCCCACACAUACUUAGCCUACUGCCUCGACAAAAUGAAGCAAAGAAAAGCUGCCCUCUGAAUCUCUACCGGCUUCUAGGAAAAACUUACUGGAAUUCAUGGUAAAUAAAUUAAUAUCAGCAGCGUGUGGUUCAUCUGCCAAGAAUUUAUUUGCUACAUUAGGCCACAUGUUUUCUAUCUUAAAUCAUAUGCUGGAGUACGUGCUGUGUGUGGAGGACUUGUCCACUUUCUAGGAAGGUUAACACGUGUUUGACGUCUGGCCUUGGCCCUAAAGCAGUAGCAUGGAUCAUGUGCUGAACAUGUCUGACUCAUACAUCUUCACUCCCUACGUUUACCCGGCAUCAUGGACCGAGGACUGGGCUGUGCGUCAGAUAAUCAGCCUGUGGGUGGUGACCAACCUUGGAGCUGAGCUAAUUUACCUGGGCUUUGGUACUCUUAGCUUCUACUAUGUGUUUGACCAUAAGCUCAUGAAACAUCCACAGUUUAUUAAGAAUCAGGUAAGAAAAGAGAUUCAGCUAGGAACUGUUGCCAUCUUCUGGAUGAGCUUCCCUACAGUGGCACUUUUCUUCUGGGAGGUCAGGGGAAACAGCAAACUUUAUGACAACAUCAGCGGAUCUCCUCUGGGCUGGUCCGGGGUCUUCCUGAGCAUUGCUGGUUUCUUGUUCUUCACUGACAUGAGCAUCUACUGGAUACACCGCUCUAUGCACCAUAAGAACAUUUACAAGCACUUACAUAAGCAGCACCAUAUAUUCAAGAUCCCUACGCCUUUUGCCAGCCAUGCCUUCCACCCACUCGAUGGCUUCCUGCAGAGCUUGCCCUAUCACGUAUACCCUUUCGUCUUCCCCCUUCACAAGGUGGUCUACCUGUCACUCUUUGUCUUUGUCAACAUCUGGACCAUUUCCAUACACGAUGGAGACUACCGCCUUCCCGGCCCCCUGAUAUGUCUGAUCAAUGGUGCUGCUCACCACACAGACCAUCACCUCUUCUUCAACUAUAACUACGGACAAUACUUCACGCUCUGGGAUCGUCUAGGGGGCUCCUACAGACACCCCUCAGCCCUGCUGCGGAAGGGGCCACAUGACCACAUUCGCGAGCUCAAGGCAGAGGCUGCACAAACGCAGUGA